ACCAUAUUGUAAGGUAAUACUGUUCUACUCAAAACUAUGAACAGCAGAGGUUGAUGGGUGAUAAGCGACAUCGAGUAGAACAGGUCUAGAUGAGAGGCGCUAUAUAAAUUCCUUAUUAUUAUUAUUAUAAGAAAUUAGCUCGUUGGUUUGCGUGUAUCUUUAAAGAAUAAAACACGUCAUCCAUGCCCGGGUCAAUAUGAAGUCUACAAGGAAAUGUUGUUGUAUUCCAAUAGUGUGCGUGUUUAUUUACACCGUCAUUAAUAUCGUUUGGUUUUAUAGAGGAUUCCUUCGACCGGAUUUUUAUUUAAACCAUUUUAGAUAUUCCAGCGAGGACACCGAAUGCCCGAGAGUGCUAUCGCACAUGGUAAAAGGUUACUGGAAGCCACUCCCGCGUCUAUCGCAGGAAUUGAUAGGAAUAUUAAUUGACCGAUUUACAACACAAGUCGCACGGAAUUAUGGCUUCCCCGAAAGAUACCAAAUGAAGGAUGGUAAAUGUGGUAAUAUUAAAUAUCCAGGCACUGUUCUUAGGGCCCUGUGUGACCCUAAAGGACCUACGCCAUGUUGUUAUGAAGGUUAUUGUGUGUCUAAAUCUACUGAAGACUGUAAAUGUGAGGAAUGUUAUGAUCUAAGACAACGUAUUUCAGCCGAAGCUUCUACCUGGGUGCCAUCACAUCACGCUUGUCAAGUUGAUGACUUUGAUUCUACCACAGCGUGUCGUUUACUCCAUAAUUCUACCAUAUUCUGGAGUGGAAAUUCUUUCACCAGACAGAUUUUUAUGGCUUUAACUAUGAUACUUAAAGGUGAUCUGAGACAUUCAGUGGUUACAAAUAAUACAGUUAUGGAGAAAUGUGAAGGUGUGGAUAACAUGUUUCUGUUGUGCCAAGCCCGAACAGAGACGAACCCCAUUGUUUGUAAUGGAACUGUCAAGAUGACGUUCAUUUCUAACCCUCGAACUUCAAUGAAACAACAUAUCCAUGGAGCUAUAGAUGAUCUCCGUGAUAAACCAAGAACCAUGAUAUUCCUUGGAUUAGGUAUCCAUGAUGACUACAAUUAUACAAAGAUUCUGAAUGAUUAUAUCCACCCAAUAUUGAAGCAUUAUAAUGCUAAAAAGUCUGUAUGGCCCAAAUUCAUGUGGGCAGCAGCUCAUGCACCUGGUCUUCUGCAGAAUCCACAUGGUCCGUUUCAACUAUAUAAACACUGUGUACGUUAUAAUAAAUGGCUAAAUCCUCGUUUAGAGAAAUUAGGAUUACCUGUUUUUGAAACGUUUAAUAUGACUGACGGUGUAUCUAGUCACGAUGGAUGCCAUUACGGUAUGGCUGUGAAUAUGUUAAAGGCGAGAAUCUUUCUCCAUUAUAUAGCCGAAUUACAACGAAAAGGACAAUGGUGACAAUACUAAAAAAAAAUUUACAGAAUAAUAAGAACUUAAAACAUUGGAGUGAUUAAAUUAUAUAACAACAUUGAAUAAAUUGUCCAUGCAACACACAGAUGAAAGAUGUUACUAUGCAUGGGUACCAACAUAUGUUGCCCCAACAUAUGCUACUUUGGCUUUUGACUACCUUGAAGAACUAUCGUUUGCCAGGAUAUGAGAACAAUUAACAAUUACAAUUAAUUAAUUACGAUUUGGUAAUUAAUUACAAUUAAUUAAUAACGACUUGGUAAUUAAUUACAAUUAAUUCAUUACGAUUUGGUAAUUAAAUUACAAUUAUACAUAGAAGCAUACAGGAAGAGAUUUUUAGAUGAUUGUAUAUAUAAUAUUAAACCCAAAAACUUAUAUUUCAAUAUAUUAAUCAUUUUAGAUGAUUGUAUAUAUAAUUUUAAACACAAAAACUUAUAUUUCAAUAUAUUAAUCAUUUUAGAUGAUUGUAUAUAUAAUUUUAAACACAAAAACUUAUAUUUCAAUAUAUUAAUAGGGGACCUUAUGAUUUUCCCCCCCCCCCCCACAUUUAGAAUUUGGCCAUCUUGUUGAACUAGCCUGGAUUCGAGAUCGGCGCGCUCCCCAUUCCAACCAACUUACAUGGCCCUUGUUCUAGCCUUAACCCAAGGCGCCCAUGGCCUUUUCUGAACUAUCCCCGUUUGUUCGUUUCUGGAACUUUACUUCCAAGAACUAACUCCCUUUCAUUCCUGCUUAUAAACCCUUUCUAGACAAAGGAUGUUCGAAGAGAUUAUGCAGCUGGCUAUAUUGCAUCAUAGCAGAUUAAGCGUUCAAUACAGAUUACUUUACAAGACAACGGACAUUACAUAACUCCGGACAGCUAUAAGUUUAUAUUAUGGUAAUGACUUAUGAUUACUAUCUGGACAACCAUGGAUAUCAAUAGCCGACAUAAAGAUAUUUUAAUCAAUUCUGCUUUCAUGUGUCUAGAUGGCACGAAAACUAUCAAUAACAUCUGCCAUUAUGUAACAAUUCGGCUUUCAUGUGUCAAGAUGGCACGAAAACUAUCAAUAACUUCUGCUAUUAUGUAACAAUGAAGAUACGGAAUAACAUAAAACAUUGUUUUGUAUAGUAAUUAAUUAGUUAAUGAAGGGAAAUGCCAUUCAUAUUACAAAUUAUUUAAUGCGUGUUGACAUUCUAAUAUUAACGCAUAAAGUCUGUCAUUGAAUCAACUGGCGUGGUUUCGAUUCCUCGGUUGCACGUGACAAGGAGUAGGGUCGCCUGUCCAACCUCGUGGGUUUUCUCCGGGUCCUCCGGUUUCCUCCUACUGCUAAAGACCCCUACGCGCAAGCGUAUUAUGGAAAUAAAAUUGAACCAUAUGUUAGUUCCGAAAUGACCUAGUUUGUGUCGAGUGGACGUUAACCCCAUUUCUCUCCCUGUCUCUCUCUCUCUGACCCUCUUUCUCUACUGUUAGCGUUAAUUGUUUACACAGUUUUGAAAAAAUCACCAAUGUACAUUAAUAGGUUACACAAUAGGGGACUUCACAACAUACACAAAUAAUUCCCUUUAAGAUACCGAUGAUUUUAAUUGAAAUGAAAUGUGGUUUUAUGUAUAUAUUUGUCAACGACAAUAUGAAUUGUGACACAAAAAAUCUCAUAUAUAUACCAUAGGCAAUGGUAACUAUAGCCCAUUUAAACCACGGUGUUACUAUGUAAAUAUGUAUAAAUAUACUAUACUGUCCAUCUUUAUACAAUGACAUUAUUUAUGAAUAGUCCCAAGACGGACGAAAAGUACUUUAAAAUGUUAAAAUGUUAUUAAACCAGUGUUGAAAUCA